AUGGAUCGACAUCUCAUUGAUCUGAACGCAGAGAUCCAUAAAUAUCUGUCAAAAGAUUUCUAUCCGUUUAAGACAUUCAACGGAUCGGCAGUUAAUAUAACCGUUCGUGAAGUCAUGUCUCAUAUGGCAGGCCUUCAUGUGAGUGUAUUUCCCGAUGAUUUUGACAAUUACUUGAUAAGACGUGCGGACAAUGUAAGUCAUAAUAUCAGACCAUUCAAAAACGAGCCCUUACUGUCCAAACCCGGCACUCAAUUUAAUUACUCUAAUUACGGAUAUAUAAUGACCGGAGCUAUCAUUGAGUCCAUACUUAACAACACAUAUGAGAAUGAAAUUAAGAAAAUGUUUACCCAAUUACACAUGAAUUCAACAUUUGCUGAGAGACGAGAAAUGAUUGUUAAACACAGACCACAAUACUAUCAAUUAUCAAACGAAACAUCCGGGACAUUGCAAAAGUCUGAUAUAAUCGAUGAAUUGUUUUUAUACGAGGGUUGGUGGCCCGCAGGGGGUAUCAUAUCAACGGCGGACGAUAUGUUACGGUUUGCAAAUGCUAUGCUAUCUGCAUAUCAUGGCAAAGAUCAAGUACAGGAGUUGUGGACACCAGAAACCAUUGGCAAAAUUAAACCCGAUUGGAUGGGUGAUAAUGAAUAUGUUACUCACUACCCGGAUGACCUACCCUACCCCUAUAAGACCCUAAUUUGGCACGAUGGAGGACUGACCGGUGUAUCAACUCAUCUGAUUAUAUUUCCCAAAGAAAAUAUGGUAGGACUGACGUCGUCCGCAGUUUCGUAA